UCAGAGAUGAUUCCCGAGCAUCAGAAUCAUGUUGUCACCACAAUAGAGACAAUUCCUCACGAAACAGUGACCACAUCGCCUACUCUGUUACAAAAAAUAAGGAGAGUGUUUAACAGGGAGCUCUUGCUGACUUUGGCACUGGGUCAGGUCUUGUCAUUGCUCAUCUGUGGAAUUGGCUUGACCAGCAAAUACCUGGCAGAUGAUUACCACGCCAACACGCCAGUAUUCCAAAGCUUUCUCAACUACAUCCUGCUGUUCCUUGUCUACACCACCACUCUUGCAGUCAGACAAGGAGAGGAAAAUUUACUGGCAAUAUUGAAGAGACGAUGGUGGAAAUACAUGAUUCUGGGCUUGAUUGAUAUAGAGGCAAACUACCUGGUCAUUAAAGCCUACCAGUACACCACACUAACGAGCAUUCAGCUCCUGGACUGUUUCAUCAUCCCUGUGGUGCUGCUGCUGUCCUGGUUCUUUCUGCUGGUGAGGUAUAAGGCAGUGCACUUUGUGGGCGUGGGAGUGUGUCUGCUGGGUAUGGGCUGCAUGGUGGGUGCCGAUGUACUGGUUGGCAGACAGCAGGGCAUGGGUGACCAUAAGCUUCUGGGAGACCUGCUGGUUCUGGCAGGGGCUACGCUCUAUGGCAUCUCCAAUGUGUGUGAGGAGUUUAUAGUGAAGAACCUGAGUCGUGUGGAGUUCCUGGGCAUGAUUGGUUUAUUCGGCUCCUUCUUCAGUGGGAUUCAGCUGGCUAUUAUGGAGCACAAGGAGCUGCUAAAGGUACAGUGGGACUGGCAAAUAGGGUUACUCUACAUUGGCUUCAGCGCCUGCAUGUUUGGCCUGUACAGCUUCAUGCCUGUGGUCAUCAAGAGGACCAGUGCCACAGCCAUUAACCUUUCUCUGUUGACAGCCGACCUGUACAGUCUCUUCUGUGGUCUGUUCCUGUUUCAGUACAAGUUUUCAGGCCUCUACCUGGUGUCCUUCUUCAUCAUUGUACUGGGACUUGUUCUGUACUCCUCUUCCUCCACAUAUGUGGCACAGGACCCUCGUGUUUACAAACAGUUCCGCAACGUGGCCAGCAACCCUGUUACCGACACGGGCACUGCUGGGCCUUUGGAACCAUCGGUGACCUACACCAGUCUGGGUCAGGAGAUGGAAGAGGAGCCUCACAUCAGAGUUGCUUGA